CGCCUCGCCGCGGAGCUCCAGUUCGGCUUGGCACAGGAGGGGCAGCGGCCGCCGAGCCGGGCGAGGCGAGGCGAGGCGAGGAGGCAGAGAGGCGCGGGCGGCGGGUCGGCCGGCAGCAGCUGCACGCGAAGCGGACUCGGGACCCAGCAGCGCCAUGCCGGCCCCCCGAGGACUCGCCCUCCUCUUUCUCUUGCUCCUGGACAGCCACGAGGCCAGGCGCCCCCCAGACGUGAACUCUGGGGAAAGGGCUGACUCUUCGAAGAUGGCCCCGCUCCACUCGGAGGAGCCGGUGAACAACACGCUUCUUGAUGUGGGGUCAGGCACCCCCACCACAGGAGGAAGUCUCGUCCCAGCAAGAGAAGCCUCCGCUGGCCAUCCGAAGGAGAAGGCAAGCUCAUCUCGGAGGCACGCCGUCGCAGAGGCAACGUCUUUCUCGCAGCUGCCUUCCAACACAAGGCAACCUCCCCCUGCUAAGCAGACGCCCCCUCCCCCAAGGCAAGGAAAUGCCGCCAGGAAGCACCCGAGAGUCCGGACAGCCACAGCCAGGGGCCCCAAAGCACCCCCUGUCCACACGAGUGUGCCGAACCCCCGGUCGUCCGUCUCUGUGGAGAAUCUGUACACCCCAGAGGACAUAGCUGCUGCAGCUCAUGAAGAAAAACCCACCGUGCCUGAGCUGCCAUUGUGGGGCAGCAGGAAAGGGGGCCGUGGGGUGACCAGCCACUCCCCGCUCCAGAUUUCCCCUUUCACAGCCAGCCCGGUGACCUCUCAGACUUUGCCUCAUGGCCCAGAGACUGUGGAGCCAGGCCUGGCAGACCCCAGGGCUCCUCCCCAGGAGGAAGAAGGCAGCAGUCUGGUGAACAUCAAGGCAAAGAACCCCAAGGAGGAGGAGGAGGAGGAGGAGGAGGAGGAGGAAGAAGAAGAGCCAGCAAAGGGAACUUCCUUUGAGGAGGGCCAGGAGGCCACCACCUCCACCAUCAUCACCACCACGGUGAUUUCCGCGGAGCAAACGCCAAUUCUCUGUGGCGUGAACUUCUACGAACCAGAAGGCUACAUCGACUCCACAGACUACCCUCCGCUGCCUCAAAGCAACUUCCUGGAGUGCGUGUACAAUGUGACUGUCUACACCGGGUAUGGGGUGGAACUGCAGGUGAAAAGCGUCAACCUGUCCGAGGGAGAAGUGCUGUCCAUCCGUGGAGUGGACGGUGGCAGUUUGGUGGUUUUGGCCAAUCAGAUGCUCCUGGUGGAAGGCCAGGUGAUCCGGAGUCCAACCAACACGAUCUCAGUCUAUUUUCGCACUUUUGCAGAGGAUGUGAUCGGGACAUUCCAGCUGCACUAUCAAGUCUUUAUGCUGAGCUGCAGCUUCCCCCGCCGGCCGGACUUUGGGGAGGUGACGGUCAUGGGCCUGCAUCCGGGGGGCACCGCCCGCUUCCACUGCCACCUGGGCUAUGAGCUGGAGGGCCCAGAAGUCCUGACCUGCCUCAAUGCCUCCAAGCCCCACUGGAGCACCCCGGAGCCCGUCUGCUCAGCGCCCUGUGGAGGAGCCGUGCAGAACGCCACCCUCGGCCGCAUCUUGGCUCCAACCCCUCUGCAGAACCACACCGAGCGCAUGCUGUGCGUGUGGACCCUCCGUGCGCCAGAAGGCCAGAAGCUGCACCUGCACUUUGAAAGGCUGUUGCUGAGAGACCAACAGAGAAUGAUUGUUUACAAUGGUGAGACAAACCGCUCUCUGGUCCUCUACAACUCCCAGCAGAGCAGCAGCCUGCCCUUCGAAGGGGUGAUCAGCGAAGGCACAGCGUUGCAGGUGGAGUUCACAUCUGAUGGCCCCGGCCUCAGCACCGGCCCCGGCCUUAGCACCGGCCCCGUGUUCAACAUCCGAUUUGAAGCUUUUGAGAAGGGCCAUUGCUAUGAGCCCUAUAUUCAGAACGGGAACUUCACCACCUCGGAUGCCACCUACAAUCUUGGGGCUGUUGUGGAGUUCACCUGUGACCCGGGGCACUCCCUGGAGCAAGGCCCGGCCAUUAUUGAGUGCAUCAACAUCAGGGACCCCUACUGGAACGACACGGAGCCCCUCUGCAGAGCCAUGUGUGGCGGGCAGCUGUCCACUGCAGCGGGAGUGAUCCUGUCCCCCAACUGGCCGGGGCCCUACCCAGAGGGCGAGGACUGUGUGUGGAGGGUUCACGUCGGAGAGGAGAAGCGCAUCUUCCUGGACAUCCAGUUUUUGAACCUGAGCAACAGUGACAUCCUCACCAUCUACGAUGGAGACGACCUCAACGCCCACGUUCUCGGGCAGUUCCUGGGUGGCAGCGGGCCACAGAAGCUCUACUCCUCCACACCAGACCUGACGAUCCAGUUCCACUCUGAUCCGGCAGGCCUCGUCUUUGGGAAAGGACACGGCUUCAUCAUGAACUACAUUGAGGUGUCACGGAACGACUCCUGCUCGGACCUGCCAGAAAUCCAGAACGGCUGGAAAACGACGUCCCACACAGAGCUUGUGAGGGAGGCCAAGAUCACCUACCAGUGUGACCCAGGCUACGACAUUGUAGGCAGCGACACCCUCACCUGCCAGUGGGACCUCAGCUGGAGCAGCGACCCCCCCUUCUGUGAGAAAAUCAUGUACUGCACAGACCCUGGGGAGGUAGAACAGGCGACCCGUCUGAUCUCGGACCCAGUGCUACUAGUUGGGACCACAAUCCAGUACACUUGCAAUCCGGGCUUUGUGUUGGAAGGAGGCUCUCUCCUGACCUGCUACAGCCGAGAAACCGGGACGCCCAUCUGGACCUCACGGCUCCCUCACUGCGUGUCCGAGGAGUCCCUGGCUUGCGACAACCCCGGCUUGCCCGAGAAUGGCUACCAGAUCCUUUACAAGCGCCUCUACCUGCCCGGCGAAUCCCUCACCUUCAUGUGCUACGAGGGCUUUGAGCUGCUGGGCGAAGUCACCAUCAAGUGCAUCCUGGGGCAGCCGUCCCACUGGAGUGGGCCCCUCCCUGUCUGCCGAGUGAAUCAAGACAGCUUUGAACAUGCGCUAGAAGUAGCUGAAGCGGCCGCCCAGACCUCACUGGAGGGGGGCAACGUGGCUUUGGCCAUUUUCAUCCCGGUCCUUCUGGUCUCCCUGCUGCUGGGAGGGGCUUACGUCUACAUCACCAGGUGUCGCUACUCCUCCAGCCUGCGCCUGCCCCUCAUGUACUCGCAUCCAUACAGCCAGAUCACAGUUGAGACGGAAUUCGACAACCCCAUUUAUGAGACAGGGGAAACUCGCGAAUACGAAGUGUCCAUCUAGAGCCGUCCACCGGGGAUUUUCCAGACACAGUUGUGAUUUCCUCUCCCGGGAUUUCAGUGGAGCUCAGCUGGCACCUGGGCCUGCUGGUCCUUCUCCUUCUCCUUCCGGUCCGUCCAUCCUCCCCCUUGUGAAUGUGACUCCAACCGCAGCAUCCUGAGAACCCCCCAUGGGCGGCGGCGGCAGCAGCAGCAGCAGCAGCAGCAGCAACCCCAUCUGCCUGGAUCUGCCGCUUGCUGGUGAGGACGUUCGUUCGUUCGUUCGUUCGUUCGUUCGUUCGUUCGUUCGUUGAGAAAGCCAGGCGGCUCCAGAAGCCAGGCGUGGCUUGUCCACGGCCCAGUGGCCCCUCUGGCAGCAACUGCUGGUCAGGAUCUCCUGCUGGUCAAGAGUUCUUGGUGCCCACAGGUGCCCCUCUUUGAGCGUGGCAGUGUUGCCAGCUAGGACGUCAGAAGUCUGCGUGGCUGAGGAGAGAAGCAAGGGCCAAGCCGAGAAGAUGGCACGGACCUUUGUUCUCCCAUUUCUUGUGUCCCGCAGUUGCCAAGUGGAACAGUCACCUCCACGGCCUGGGCAGUUUGAUCAGGAAGGGCAGAGGAGAAUGCUCGGGGCAUGGGAACCAUCCAGGAACUUUGCUCACUUUUAACUCUCAGCCGGUCUUUUCCAUGACCCUGCCCCCUCCUCCCUCCCUUCCUGUCCGUUUAUGGACUGGGACUCCAAAUAACCCAGACAAAGUAACACUGGCUUGGAUUUGGAGGCCAAGGCUGGGGAUGACAGUGAGGAAGCGAGGGCUCUUGAGAGCCACCAGAGGCAAGUGUGUGAGGACCGACUGACGGCUUCUGCAUGGAGGAGGAUGCUUGAGAAGAGGAUGGGAAUGCCACUGGAAGGGGCCAUGGGAUCAUCUCAGUCACCUUGGCGUUUGCAGCCCUCAACUCCACAUUGACCCUGACCUGAAGCACAGCAGAGUGGCGCUUGCACACGAGAGCCUCUCACUGGAUCCCGUCCCGUGUGGCACUUGUCAGUCAAGAUUUGCGCUGUUGAGCUUGGAGCAAGAACAAGGGAAUCCCCUAUUGGGACAAUCCAGACCCCAAGAAGAGUGAAUCAAUGAUGCCGGCUUGCCCCUCCUUCGCGUGGGACUGGUACGCAGGCAAGACACAGCCCCCCACAGCCUGCUCCCGGGACAGCCCACGGUUUGGACAGUCUCCACCUUGAGAGCAUUCAAGAAAAAGAAAGAAGAGAGGGAGCACAAACUCACUGUCUCUCCAAAAAAACACCACAAGGCCAGAAGAACGCUGGACUGGAUCCAGACUACAUUUUCCGUCAGCAGAACAGACUUUCUCUGUGGCUCCUGCCUCCCGCCGCAGCCCUCCGAUCUCUGUGCAGCGCUGCUCCUGGGGAGAGGAGACCCCGAGGAAGGGGGAAUGGAUGGAGGCAGACGUGGCCUGCUGGGUGGAGAAGAGGCCUCUUUCCCCUGCUCACCCUGUGUCCCCAUCAAGUUAUUCCUGUGGACAGACAGAAGGCCGCAGCGGAGGGGGAGGGGGGGCUGAGCAGCAGAGGCCCCCUCCUCAGCUAUCCCCAUCUUUGUAAAAUGGUGAAACUGUAACCAUGAUCAUUUUUUAAAAUGUCUGUUUAAGUUUAGAAGCAGGGUAGUGCAUUUUUGCAGUUGUCCAUGUGAGGCGUUUCGGUUUAUUUAUUUGUUUGGGUUUUUUUUUUCUUAAAAAUACAGAAAGAACUAGAAUGUGUGCUUGUAAUUUGUAAUGGUGAGAAGGAGGAAAAGAGAGAGGAGAGGAGAAAACCCACAAAAAGUGCCAAAACUGUAUCCAGCAUUCUGUUCCCGUUCCUAUAUGUCUCUUUUUAUAAGGUUGAUGGGAUUAAAUAUUUUUGAACAUGAUAAAUCAA